CAAAUGAGACCCUCUCUCUCUAUGCUCAUUUCCCCCCUAUAAAUACUCUACUUGCCCAAUCCCUCUUUCCCCACAAGAACCACAUCCUCUCAUCUCUGUCAUUCUGCAGCUAGCUGAAAAAAUCUUCAGAGAAUCAUCAGUUCAUCACAAAAGACUAUCAAGCGAGGCAAGUACGUGACGGUGACUGUGAUGAGCGGCGGCGGCGGCGGCGGGAGGGGGAUGACGAGGGGGCUGGACCUGAAGCUGAACCUGUCGCUGCCGGCGGUGGCGCGCGCGGUGUCGCCGGCGGCGGACGACGAGUCGUCGCCGAGCUCGUGCCUGUCGUCGGAGAGCGAGCUGCGGCAGCAGCACGGCGGCGGCGGCGGGCAGCUGCAGUGGUCGGACAGCCCGGAGGCGACGUCGAUGGUGCUCGCCGCGUGCCCGCGCUGCUUCCUCUACGUCAUGCUCGCCGAGGCCGACCCGCGCUGCCCCAAGUGCCGGAGCCCCGUCAUCCUCGACUUCCUCCACGCCGGCGGCGGCGGCGGCAUCAACGCCGACGGCCGCCGCCACCGGAGGGGAUGAACAUGGCCAUGACCAUGAUGGCAGCAAGAGAUCGAGGAGAAGCAUCUACACGCUUCUUUGAUCGCGCAGAGGCAUCAGGAAUUCAGGAUCAAGAAGAACAACGAGAAGAAGAAAUCUCACCUUGAUGAUGAUCACAGUUAAUUAGUUCUAGGCCCCAUUAGUUUCUUCUCAAUUAGCAGCAGUAGUAUCAUGAUUAAUCAGCUCGAUCCUCUGCAGAUUAUGCAGUAUAACCAUGAUUUAUAAGCAUCAAUCUAUAUAUUAUCACACGUAGUAUCAUCGAUUCGAUCGAUCCCAGCAUGCAGUAGUUCAUCAUCAUCGUAUAUAUGCAACGCAUGUCAAAUCUGUUUCGUCGUC